UGUGUUUCAGGUAUACCGAGUAUACUGGAUUUCAAAUAACCAGUCUGGCUCUACAAUCAAGACUUGCUGCCCAAUACAAAUAGUCAAAGGAUUUAUCAAAUAUUUAAAGAAGAUCACUGUUCCCCUAGGCAUAGUUACCGGGCACAAAGAACUUUUCAGCUAAUGAAUAAAUUAGAUUCUUUUGAAUAUUCUUUUGAACCUUCAAACAAUUCACAUUCCUUGAGUGAUGAUAAAGGAUUAGUUAAUGAAUAUAAAUGUGAUUCUGAACAUAGCCAAGGUCAGUGUGACAAUCCACUUCUCCCAGGAUCCGAAAAGCCAUUCAGUGGUGACAGAAUUGAAUUGCUUAUCUUGAAGGCCAAGAGAAAUCUAGAGUAUUGUACUGAAGAAUUACCAAAGUCUAUGAAAAAGGAUGACAGUCCUUGUUCAUUAGAUGAACUUGAAGCAGAAAGAUCAUGGGAAAAUAUUCCUGUUACUUUCAAAUCUCCUGUUCUGGUUAACUCUGAUGAUAGUCUUCAACAAACUUCAAGGGCAAAGUAUGCUAAUGGGUUCCUUGAUGACUUUUUAGAUAAUGGUAAUCAGAACUGUACCCUUUCUGGAGGGAAACAUCAUGGUCCUGUUGAAGCCCUGAAACAAAUGUUAUUUAAUCUUCAAGCAGUGCAAGAAAGUUUUAAUCAGAAUAAAACCACAGAGCCAAAAGGUGAAAUUAAACAAGUUUCAGAAGAUGAUUUCUCUAAAUUACAGUUGAAGGAAAGUAUGUUUCCUAUUAGUAGGUCACUUCAAAAGGCUUUGCACCAUUUAUCUCGCCUGAGAGACCUGGUUGUUGAUUCCAGUGGGAAACAGUCACCAAAAAUGUGAAGGGGAAAAUGAAAGUCUAACCAAUAAAUAGUCACCACAGAACAAAAAUGUAUUUUUUUCCUAUUGCUUAAACUGACAAAGUAAUUAGAAGCCAUAUAUUCUGUGAUUGGUUCAAGUAUUAUAUAUUUUUUAAAAACCAGACUUGAAAAUGUCCAUAGAGUUUUGUGGCCUAUCCUCAUUUUGUGCCAAAAUACCAGGAGGUGAACUAGAAGGAC